UGCGUCCUUUUCCCUACCCACUUGGCUGAGCUGUCAGCUGAAGAACGACGUGUGCCGGACUUGGGGCAAAGUUUCUCUUUUGGUCGCCUGCCACCUUACGCCCAUGGCCCCCAGCACACAUCUCAAAGAGGCAAUGGCCGACGUGCAUGAGGGCAUCCGGGCCAUCCUGCUCGGGCCACCCGGUGCCGGCAAAGGGACCCAGGCCUCUCGACUAGCCGAUCGCUACUGUGUCUGUCACCUUUCCACUGGGGACAUGCUGAGGGCCAUGGUGGCGUCGGGCUCGGAGCUGGGGAAGAAACUCAAGCACACGAUGGAUGCCGGGAAGCUGGUGAGCGACGAGAUGGUCGUGGAGCUCAUAGAGAACAACCUGGACACUCCUCGCUGCAAGAAAGGCUUCUUAUUGGACGGAUUCCCCCGCACAGUCAAGCAAGCCGAGCUUCUGGACGAGCUUCUGGACAAGCGACAAGAGCGACUGGACUCGGUCGUGGAGUUUUCUGUUGACGAUUCGCUGCUGGUGCGCAGGAUCUGUGGCAGACUGAUACAUCAGCCCAGCGGCCGCUCCUACCACGAAGAGUUCAACCCACCCAAAGAGGCCAUGAAAGAUGACGUGACCGGCGAGCCCUUGAUCCGCCGCAGCGACGACAACGAGACGACACUGCGCUCUCGCCUGGAUGCGUACCAUCGCCAGACGGCGCCUCUAGUCAAGUACUACAGUGCCAGGGGUAUCCACGCCCCCGUGGACGCCGCCAAGAGCCCCGACGUGGUCUUCGCCUCCAUCGUAGCCGCGUUCACCGUCGCCACCCAGGCCACCCCGGCCCGCGCCUCUGCUUGAGUCCUUGGGGAUGCUCUUACAUCAAAGACUGGAGGAAUGCUCCAACAGACAGAUGUGAUGGGAUGGUGGUUGCUUAUUUGGUUGGAUGAAAGUGAAGUCCUCACGAUGACGGUGCUUUGAUGGCGGGCUUCAAAUCUCGGCGGAUUCCAAGCGGGCGAGCGUAUCAUUGAUCAUUCCUUCUGCUUGGUCUUCCAAUAAACCUCAGCUUUUUUCUA